UAAAUUUCAAUAUGGCAUCUGUCUGGAAGCGAUUAUCUUGCGAUGGAGACGUUUUAAACUUGGGAAUUACUCUUGUAUGUGGUCAAGCAUUUAGAUGGAAGAAAUUAAAUAACGAGGAAUGGUGUGGUGUUUUAUCUGGGAAAGUUUGGACAUUUAAGCAGAGCUCUGAUGGUAUAUAUUACAAAGUGAACAGUCGUUUGUCAGAGGUUGAGAGUACAACUCAAAACGAGAGCAUUCUCAAUGAUUAUUUCCAACUAAAUAUUGACCUUCAUCAUCUUUAUGAUCACUGGAGUAGCAGAGAUGAUAAUUUUAAACAAGUAGCAGCCACAAUUUCUGGCUUCCGACUCCUUCGACAAGACCCAGUGGAAAAUUUAUUUAGUUUUAUAUGUUCAUCCAACAAUAAUAUUGAGCGUAUUAGUUCCAUGGUAGAGGCAUUGUGUGUUAAAUAUGGUGGCAUUAUCACUGAAGUCAAUGGUGUUGUCUAUCAUGAUUUCCCUUCAAUUGCCACAUUAGCUGAGCCGCAAGUUGAACAGGAACUCAGAGAACUGAAGUUUGGUUAUAGAGCGAAGUUUAUUCAUGAAACAGCUAAAAUCCUGAUGAAAAAAUGUAAUAAAGAUUGGUUGAUUUCAUUAAGAGAGGUACCAUAUGAAGAGGCACAUGCAGGUAUGUGUUAAAUGUAGAAGGGCGAGGUCCCUGGACGGUGUUUUAAGAUGUUGCUAGUUGCAUGUAUGUUAUGUUUUGUUGUAUGUUAUGUUAUGUUAUGUUAUGCGUAUUGUCAGUUAUUUAUUAGAUUAUUCAAUAUUAAUAUUAACAUGAUUUUAGAUGUAAUUAUUAAGGACUCGCUGUAAUUGGGGACACUGUGGCGAGUAUCCUGGCACUACAUUGUUAUAAUGUAAAUUUAGUAGUUGUCGAACAUUAUUAAAUCAUUAAAUCAUAGUAUUCAAGGAGAUUACCUUCAGGGUUAAAUACUCUAAGCCAGAGGGUUUUUAAGGAGAUAUCAUACUGUAGAUAUCAGAAGAGAUAUGCAGAAUGUUUAAAAAUGCAUACCGUAAUGGAACAGAUGAACAGUAAAACUUUUAUGUUUACAGACCUCUCAACUCUCACGCAUUCGGUGUGAGCCCCACGCAAUUUGCUUUGCUCUCACGCCACGUUUAGUAAAUCUCACGCAUAUAGCAGUUUCAUAGUAUUUUUUCAAUAAUAUAAUAUUGUAUUCUUAAAUGCACAUUAAUAAUCAUUAUACGGAUCACAAGUUGAAUAUAUAAUUGCGUGUUAUUGUUCCUGCAUAUACGGCCCGACAAUUUGCCCGCAAUUUGGAUACAAAAUAGUAUGCAUAUGUAAAUAUGGUGGACAAAAGGCAGAAUUCUAUAUGUAAAUUAUCAAAGGCAAAUUAAAGCUGAUUACUGUAUGUCACAGAAAUACAGUUAUAUAUUGUAACUAAAGUGCCUUGUCUUAAAGGAUGUUAUGAAGCAAUGUAUUUCAUUAAGAAACACCAACUCUCAUAAUAACGAAAUGCCAUUUCAGACCCCCAGACGUUUAUCAUUUUUUAACUAACUAGGUGUCAUCCACAUCCCAAUCUCACUCUUAAUUUCUCUGCAAAGUUGAGAGGUCUGUGUUUACAUUCAUUUCAAAGCUUAGCCAUUUAGCUUAUAAGAACAAGCAAAAUUGCAAAAGAGUUUAAUAAUUAAUCUGUAGCUUAUAAUCGAGGCUUGCAAUUCUUGAUAAGUGGAGGUGUGCAUCUGCAAAUGCAUACCAUUCCCAGGAUGGCCUAGAUAUUGCAAAUAUUGAACACUGGUAAAUAAUAAUAUAUUUUCAUCACUCUACCGAUCCAGUAAUAAUUAUACUUGGUAGUUUUAGCAUAUUCCUUCAACAAUCAAACUGAACUACUUUUGAACAUACAAUAAAUAUUGUUAUCCUGCAAGGCUGUUCUCACUGUGGUAAAAAAUCCCAACAAGCAGUGACAGAAUUCUUAGGGGGGACUGCCCCCCACCUAUACGGCAAAUUGCAGAAUUUUCAAAUGGGGGGGGGGGUCAGAAAUUUGAAGGUUUUAUUGGAAAUUUAGGAGGCUUUGCCCCCACCCCCCACCGGAAAAAAAUGAAUUUCCGCCACUGCCAACAAGUAUAUACAAUAAUCUAUCAAAUUAAAUAUUAUUAACCCAAGCACAAGAAAAAUGCCAUUUGGAACCCUACCACAUGUGUUAUAUUAUUUAUUCCACAUGAGAGCAGAGAAAAACAAAAACAUUAGACCAGGAUAAUUUUUAUAAAAACUACAAGUUAUACAUACUAAAGUAUUUGUGAACUGCUGAAUUUGAACUGUCCUAAGAAACUACGACAGGCCUAGAUCAUCUAUUUACUAUUUUAUUUACCACAUACACUGAACUUAAUGCGUAGAAACUACAGUAUACUGGUACCUGUAACACUGUACAAUAUGUCUGUUCAAGCCAGCUUCCUUAGUUGAUAUUCAAUUCUUCCUGUUUUAAAAUUGUAUACUCAAUGAUUAUUUUGUUUCAGCUUUAUGUGAGUUACCUGGCGUUGGAGCCAAAGUGGCUGAUUGUGUUUGUCUCAUGUCAUUGGACAAAACUGAUGCAAUUCCUGUUGAUACACAUGUAUGGCAGAUAUCUUGUAGGGAUUAUAAUAUCCCUGAUUUGAAGAAAAGCAAAUCUCUGACAAACAAAGCUUACAAAGCAAUAGGUAACUACUUAAUUUUUGGGGAGAUUCGAAUUCAGAUGUGUGUGGCUCAAUGGAAAUGUUAAGGACAAAUGCGCAGGGUGGAUUGUAGGGUUUAACAAAUGUCAGCAACGAUUAGUAGAACUUACCCUGUACAAGGGUUGGUCUCUUGUCAGUGAGGUAAACGUCUGCAAGAAAGCGACUGUGCCAACUUUUAAGAAACUGCAUGGUAAAAAUAGAAAUCUUGGCAGAGGUUGUUGCAUUGGAGACUAGACAAUAUGAAUCAGUAUGAUUUCAUCUUCUCUGUAAACUCUGUAAUUACUCCCUACCCUCAUCUUAAUGCCCAUGGUAUUUUUAAAAGAACACAUAAUCUUUUUCCUCAGGAGAUCAUUUUCGUCAACUAUUUGGGAAAUAUGCUGGUUGGGCUAAUUCUGUAAGUUUCUAUGACGUCUAUACUAUAAUGUACUGUAUGCAGUACUAUACGUCAAUGGGUUGUAAGUUGUGCAUUUUGUCUGAACUACUUGAAACAAAACAUUAAGUUAAGGAGUGAGGUAUUAAUUGGGACGAAAGUCCUGUUCCUCAUCCCAGUCACGCACGUUUUCUUGUAACAUGUUAUGUAUAUGAAUCAAGGGCGGAUUUUCAUUUAUUUAAAAGGAGGGGUAGAAAAAUUUAUGGUGGGGUGCAAGCGGCACUACUCAGUGAGCUUCGGCAGAGGUUAGGCGUUUGAGUUAAAGCCUUUCACACAAAAUAGGAGGGGUGAAGCGAAAUCUUGGUGGAGUUGAACACUUUAUUAGAGGGGUUAGAGAGAUUCUAGGGGGGGGGGGUUAACCCCCCUAACCUCCCCCCCAGUAAAUCCGCCCAUGAUAUGAAUGUCAGUGUAAACAUUUGACAAAUUUAAUAAUAUAAUAAUGGGCUCAAAACGUCUAAGCGUUUUGAUUUUAAUUUUUUUUACCAUAAUCUUACUACAUGCUUUUAUUUCAAAAAUGGACGAAGAUAUUUUAUUAAUUAAAAUGUUAGCAUUUAAAAAAGAAACAGUGUAUAAUUACUAAAUACUAUAGGUAUAUUCUGACAAACUAAGAUAUUUUAAAUUUGCUAAUAUCAAUUUUUGGUUGCUUUUUUAUUGGUUUCUGUAAAUCUGUAAAUAGAUUUAUUUGACUCUACUAUACUAUACUAUAGGUUUUGUUUAGUGGGGAUCUUAAGAAAUUUCAGGAUUCAAAGGUAAAUUAUAUACAGGUAUCUUUAAUAUGAUCUCGAACGGUCUUUGCUAGUGUAGGUAGCGACGAUAACACGAACAGCUGCGGAUUGAGAGGUACAACUACCUGAAAAAUACUAGCAGAACGUCGGUGUUUCGAAGGUCUGGUCCGCAAAAUAAGAACUUUUUUACAAUAUAUGUGUACAGUACAUUGACGUACUAAGCUUUUGUAUUCCAGGGUUUUAUGUGUAUAAGAAACACUAGGAAUAGAAGAAAAUACAUUAUUAAAUUCCCUUGUAACAAAAACUAAAAACUUAAGAAAUAUUUUUAACUUGCUAAUGACAUAAUGCUAAUGACAUAUGGUGACUUAAUAGGUUAAAAUUCUCAUGACCGAUUAUUAACUGUGACCUUUUAAAUCUCCUUUAGGAUUUACCAUCGAAAUCCGAGAAAGAUGAUAAGAGGCUGAAAAGAAAGUUCAAUAAUCCCGUGGCGGUAACCAAAACCAAAAAAGGACGCAGUAAAUAGGUAAUAUUCCAUGUAUAUGCAUGCAAAAUAGCGAUGAAGAAAUAACCUGCACGACCCUGUUGAACUCCCAAGAGAGUUUAACUCCAAAUGUGGAGUAAAAUUAAGUUCAAAAUAACUCCUCUGGAGUUAAAUUUAUUUAGUAACUUCCUGAAAUUAACAAAAAUACUGCAAAUUCUGGUAUAUGACUAUGAGCCUACCGAUUUUAUAGCAUUCAAUUAUAUUUUUCAGGCUGGCGCAAAUUUACCUAUUGGUAUCGGUGAUACCAUUAAUAUGUAAUACACAUCAUGAUCAGUGGGUGCACUUUGGCCAUGAAUGGCAGAACUUACACGACAAUCUGGUUUUAAAUUUUCUCGUUUGAGUAAACCUCAACAGCCUGAAAAUUGCAAGACAACGAUAUUUCGAACGAAUGCCAGGUUUAGACAAAAAUAGGAGACAAACAAUUAAGAAACAAACAAAUAAAAAGAAGCGCUGUAUUUGUUAGGUUGCAUGCAUGCAUGCAUGCAUAUCCAGUAUAAUUAUAGAGUAAGAUGUAUAUGAUGUAAUGUCAGCGUUAUACAUUAAGAUUCUAAUCUUGUCGGUAUAAGUUCGUUGUUGAGUAAUGGUGUAAAUUUGUUUUUAAACUGGCGAGUUUUGUUAACUUAAAUACAUGAAUGCUGUAUGACAAUCCACCCAUGUUGUCCCUUUUUGAACCUA